AUGUUUGUGACGGUGCUUUUAGUGUCAAUCAUUGUGAUCAUAUAUUUGAUUUAUGUCAAACAAUGUUAUUCGUUUUUCAAACGUUUGGGUAUUGAUGGACCAAGUCCAACAUAUUUCUUGGGUAAUGUAGCUGAUUUUGCGUUAACAAAACGUAUAUCAGUAUCAAUUCAUAAUUGGUCAAAACAAUUUGGUCGUAUCUAUGGUUAUUUCGAAGGACAUACACCUGUUAUAGUUAUAUCAGAGCCUGAUCUAUUAGAGAGAAUAUUUAUAAAAACUUUUUCAAACUUCCAUUCACGUCGACAAUUUCCAUUAGAAGAUCGUUCAACUACAAAAGGUGUUCAUUUAUUUAGUGCAACUGGUAAUGAAUGGCGUCGUCAACGAAAUAUUAUCAAUCCAACAUUUUCACCUUUGAAAAUGAAACGAAUGAUACCAAUUAUAAAUGAUUGUAUAUCAAAUCUAAUGGUGAAAUUAGAAACAUGUAUGCAAACCGAACCAUUAGGUUUUGAUAUUACAAAAUUAUAUAAAUGUUUAACAAUGGAUCUUAUAUGGAGAUGUUGUUUUGGUAUUAAAACAGAUAUGCAAAAUAAUCCAAAUAAUCCAUAUUUACUUCGAUCACAAGAAGUUUUUGCACGAGAAAAUAGUACUUAUGUUACAACAUUAUUGGGUAUAUUUAUUCCUGAAUUACAACCGUGUUGGUUAGUAAUUCAUCAUUGGAUUAAUAAAUUAAAAUCAACAUUACGUCAACUAUUACCUAUGGGAGAAAAAUAUAUUGAUGAGGAUCCAAGUGAAUGGCUUAAAGAGAAUGUUUCACAUUUUAUUAAAACAGCAUCAGAAAAUUCUGAUGAAUGUAAUCUAUUACAAUUAAUGCUUGAUGCAACAGAAAAAAAAAUCAAUAGUAUUGAUGAAAAUACCGGUAAACAUUCAUUAACAUUAAAUGAAGUUAAACAAAAUAUAUAUUUAUUUAUGAUUGCUGGUUAUGAAACUGCUAGUACUGCUCUGUCAUAUGUUACUCAUGUUUUAGCUACACAUCCUGAGGAACAAAAAAAAUUACAAGAACAUAUAGAUUCUUAUUUACCUGAAGAUACUGUUUUUACAUAUGAUAUACUUAAUAAAAUGGAAUAUCUUGAUUGGUUCAUUCGAGAAACAUUACGCAUGUAUCCAGUAUCACCAAUUAUUAUUAAUCGACAAUGUUCUGAAGAAAUUCAUUUACCUGGAUUAGGCUCUAUACCAUCUGGUACUAAACUCACACUUGAUAUGUAUAGUUUACAUUAUGAUAAUGAUCUAUGGGGACCAGUAGAUACAAAAACGUUUUAUCCUGAAAGAUUUGCAGUAAAACGACAUCCAUUAGCUUGGGUAGCAUUCGGUGCUGGACCACGUAAUUGUGUAGGAAUGAAAUUCGCACUUGCAGAAAUUAAAUUAGCUUUAGUACAACUUCUACGAAAUUAUACAGUACAUCCAUCAUCUUUAGCAAAUAAAGAUUUAGAACUUGUUGAAUUGGUAACAAUUGCACCAAAACAAUUAACAAUUCGAUUGGAACGACGUCAUCAAUGA